GUUUUCCACAACCACUAACCAUCAUGGAUCUUGAAAUCAGGAUUUUGAGAAUGAAAUGUUUAAGAUUGUUUAGAACAAGAAUUUGGAUAAAAAAUAAAUUUUGGCUCUCGAGAAUGAACAACCUGUUAGGAAAGGCUAAAUUUUGAUGAAAUGGAAUUCCAAUUCUCAAACUUUUCAUGAUUCUCAUGUUUGGAAGUAAAAAACUAAAAAGAAAAUGGAUUUCCAAAAGGUAAAAAGUUGGAAAUUCUAAAUCCUACCAAAAGUGGUCGGAAUUGGUGGAGGGAGUGAUGGAAUUAGUGGACCCCACAUUAAUUUUGACUCAUCUUUACAAGAAAGCCCUUACUACUUUUGGAUUUGAAAUCAUUAAUACCAAAGAUAUUAUUGUAAAAGCUGUUGUAAGAAAUCAUUUCCAUUUUUUCAAACAUAAAAAGAUGAAAUCAUUUCCCAAACUUUUGGAUUUGCUCCAAACAUAAACUCUUGAAAUGAAUUCCCACUUGAAUUCAGAUUCUCACAAGAAAUGGAAUUCAUUUUCCAACAGAAUUACAUCCAAACAAGAAAAAAAGGAUUUGAAAAUUUUCCUUUAAAAAUAAGUAAAUUAAAUGAAAAUAACAAAAUACUAGAGGGAAAGUACAGUAAAUCAAAAUUUAAACCACAAAUACUAAUUAACACAAUCCAUCAUAAAAUUUAUAACGUUCAAACAACAAAAUUUUCUCAAGUCUCAGAAUGAACCAAAUCCAUCACCAAUACUUCAUUUUCAAAUCCUUGAUUCAAACAACCACUGAGUUAAUUGGACUGGACAAGAUUUGUUGUAAUUAAACUAACACUCAUAGUUAGUAAAAUACGGUACAGACAAGUUACAUAUCAAUUAUAUACGUGAAUUUUACUUCGUCUCUAAACUUAUGAUACGUUGGAUAAUAUGUUAAUAAUCAUAAAAUAUAUAAAGUUAAUUAUUAUACCAAUUCAUAAAUGUGUAAUUAAUAUUUGAAUUAUCAAUUUAAUUCACUGCAUAUGGAUACUAAACGCAAUGUAUGAAUGUUAUAACUUAUAAGUAUUUAGUCGGAGAGUUAUCAAAUAAAAUAAAUAAUUAAAUAGUAAUAUGAAAACAUAAAUUUUAAAUGCAUAAUAUACAUAAGUUCAUAUAUUUAACGAAGUAUUUACUAACUAUUAGCUACCGUCUCACUCAAGCCUUAGUGAUUAUUACUGAUUAGUAUUGGGUUGGGGCCAACAACCUACCUCGGAAACUAAAUUCGAAGAAUGCUCUUGCAACUCGAGCACGCCUUUUCUCGCGCGAGUGUGCUCCAGCCUCCACCUGCCCUUUAUGCAAUUAUCAGGAUGAGACUGUUCUCCAUUGUUUUUUUCAUUGUCAGCAUGCUCAUAACACAUGGUUACUCUGUGGAUUACUGACAACCUUUCCUGAUCCUUAUAUGUCCUUUGCAGAGUGGUUCUUUAGCCUCAAGGAUCAAAUGUCGGAUGAGCAGAUUGCCCGCCUUGUCUGCUGUUUAUGGAGUAUUUGGAAGGCUCGAAAUGGUUUCAUCUUUGAGAGCAGGGCUAUUUCCCCAGCCAUCACGGCGACUUUAGCUAAUCGUGAAUUCAUGAACAUCAACGAAGCUCGAGAGACAACCUCACUGUCCUCGAUCCUGAGAUCAGCUAGUUGUCAUUCUCAGCCUAGGGGAUCCCGUCGAAACCCCUCACCACCGCCUGGCCCUUUUGAACGAAUUGUGCACUGUGACGGCUCCUUUGUUUCGGAGUCUCAGUUGGCGGCUUGUGGGAUUACCAUUGCUGAUGCCCACGGUCAGGUGAUUGACGGCAAGGCUGAGAGGUUCUAUUGUUCCUACCCGAUUCAGGCAGAAGCAUUUGCUAUUCUGGGUGCUGUGGUGUUGGCGGCCCAAGUGUCAUGUCCGACGUGUAUCAAAAGCGACUGCCAACGUUUGAUUGUGGCUCUUAUUCAAGACCCCUGCGAUUGGCCUUGGCAAUGUCGUGCAACCGUGGCCCGGAUUGUGUCUCUUCUUCAGGGGGCUCCUUGGAUCAAGUUGUCCUUCGUUCCUCGGCGAUUUAAUUCUCUUGCGGAUUGGGUUGCUAGGAAUGUCCGACUUGAUCUCUUACCACAAGAUUGGAUUGUCAUUGCAAAUUUGAUUUCACCCUUGUUGUAGCCUUUUGGUUCUGCUUGUCUGGUUUGGUAUAAUAGAAGAUGUUCCAUUGUCAAAAAAAAAAAAAAGUGAUCCACUUUCUUUCCCCUUUCUACGGCCUUGUUCUGUUAUCUGACGGCCCAAACAAUUAAUUAUACAUAUUAUGGGCUGGAGUGGAGACAUUCACCAUAUUUGCGUCCAUGGGCUGAACGUUAAGUAGGUUCAAAGGGUUAGAGGGAUGGUCCUGUCCAUCCCAAUGGAUGCUGCCAUGCGGGCUGGGCUCUUCGUUCGCAGUUUGGACCAGCUAAACUAACUUGGCUGGUCAGGUCCAGACAUACUGUUAGUCUUGGUUGGGCUUGUAUUAUUUUUUGGUAGAAAGAUACACGCUAAUUUGCCUCCUAGUGUCAAUUAGCAUUAUUGUCUUAGACAAUGCCCAUAAUCCACAUAAUUUUGGGUCGCUCAUUAAAAGGGAUAAAUGAAUCAUAUUAGCUAAAUAAUCGACUGCAAAGGUGCAUUCUCUAUACAUAUUGUUAACAAACACAGUCCGAUCACUACUCAAAAGGUUAUCAAUAUGCUCCACGAAUAGUCCAUGAUUGUGGUCAUCAAUCAUCCUAUUUUUAUCAUGCCAACUGCUGUCGAGGAGUCUAGGGCGAGGGAAAUCUUUCGAUACCCUUUUUGUCGUGCAAGAGCAAGACUCAGCCCCUCUACAACACCCUUUAGCUAAUUAAGCGCUUGUAAUAGAGAAAGUCUCCAGAUUGUGAACAAAUUCACCGGUACACCCACCCAAGUGAUCCCUCAACAACCCUCUAGUAACAACUUGUCCUGAGUCGGGCAUCACUAAUCCGUCAAUUUGGAUUUGGAUCCACCCUUCUGCUAGUGAUUCCCUAGUAAGAAGUUGAUUAGUCUUUGGUACUUCAUGUACGAGAAUGCUCCUCUUUGACACUUUGUUGUGCUUGCCUAGUGUUGUUGAACCCAACUUCGAUUCUACAUAUAAGAGCAAACUCAUAAAUAAACCUUACCUUUUAUACACUAUGAAUUCCUUUGUUCCCCAUGGGCCAUGAGAGCCAAAAUAUUAUUUUGAAAUCCACAUCAUUCUCCUCAUUAGUCAGAUUUAAAAUCAUCCACUUUUGGAAGGAAAUGUAAUCCCAAUGCUCCUUUGAAUGAGCUUCUACCUAUAUUUUGUCCAGAAUUCCUUCGAUCUCGUGUAAGUUACGAAGAAUAUGCUUUGUUGUAUCUUCUUUGCUAGUGCAGUGACUGCAAAUCCCAUUCGUAGCCAGUUCCACCUCACUUUUUCAUGAUUUGUAAGGAGGCUAUCAUAUAAAAGGGGAGCCAAAAGAAGCUUUUUCCCCCCUCUUGCUUGUUAAGUUCACAACUUAUUAAACCAUAAGUACAUAUCAAAGUCUUUGAGAUUCAAUUAGAUGAAUGAGGUUGUGCUAGACUUCGAUUCGACACUUCUCUCUAACGCAUAUAUAGAGUAGAGCCACACAUCCCUCACACGCUAUUCACCAUCUUCCAACAUUCACCUCACUCUUUACAUGCCCAUAAGUAUGUUUGAUCUUCAAGGUUCAUGUUCCUUAAACAUAAAAAUCUUUGAAAUAUUGAACAUACUCACGCCUCUAUCGACUCGCCUAUGACUUUAACCCAAAUUUUAUUUUAUUUUUUUGAUGUAAAAUGUAAUAAGUAAUAGCGGAUUGACCCUCAAUUUAGAGAUUUAGAGAAUUUUGAUAUUUGACAAACACCAUCCGUAAAAUAAAAAAAAAAUAAAAAAAAAGACAAACACCAUCGUUGAUUAGUAGCAUGUUACCUCAUCCAUGACAACAUUAUAUACUCUCACCAUCACCACAAAGUGAUCGAGACAAAACGAGCACUAAAUUGCAUAUUGAUUCUUCUUUAUAAUGUUGAGGCUUAUGUAAACAUGACUCACCUCUCAUUUGUGGGUACCAAAUUAAAUACUCCAUUUUAC